CUUCCGCAGCCCGAGGGUCUGCCCAGGCAAUAUACAUACAGUGUCUUCUUCUGCCCGAAUGAGCAAAUCCACAUUUCCACCCCCAACAAAUACGAGUAUCAGUACGUGCGGAAACCCACCCGCAUGACCCGCUUUGACGUCGCCAUCAAGGCCCACCACAGCGCCCACAUAGUCCUCUCCUCCGCCCCCCACGAUGUGGCCGAGGCCACCGAGAUCGUCAUCGGCGGGCUGCAGAACACCCGGACGUGGAUCUCCGCCGGGAGGAUGGGCGACCCCGUGGCCAGCGAGAAGACCUUCGGCAUCCUCUCCUGGCACGAGUUCCAGACCUUCUGGAUCAGCUGGGCCGAUGGACUCAUCCAGGUGGGGCACGGCCCCCCGGCCCCCGGCGAGGCCGUCAUCGUGAGCUGGGCCGCCCCCCGGCGGCAGGACCCCAAAUACGUGGGCUUCUCCACGGGGUGGGGCUCGGCCGGCGAGUUCAAGAUCUGGAGGAAGGAGGAGGCCGAGGAAAACCACAACGAGGCCUUCACCUUGGGGGUGCCCCACAACAUGGUGCCGGGCUCCGAGAGGGCCACCGCCUCCGUCAUCGGGGACGUGGUGGGCCCAGCCCUCGGCAACCUGGGCCACCUCCUCCAGCUGCCCCUCGGCUGCGGCGAGCAGAACAUGGUGCACUUCGCCCCCAACGUCUUCGUCCUGAAGUACCUUCAGAAGACCCAGCAGCUCGAGCAGGAAGUGGAACGGGAAGCCACGGACUUCCUGCUCCAAGGGUACCAGCGGCAGUUGACCUACAGGAGGCGGGACGGGUCCUACAGCGCCUUCGGGCAGCGGGAUUCUUCCGGAAGCAUGUGGCUCACCGCCUUCGUGCUGAAGUCCUUCGCCCAGGCCAGGGGCUUCAUCUACAUUGACCCCAAGGAGCUGCUGGCAGCCAAGGAGUGGAUCGUCCGGCAGCAGGGGGACGAUGGGUCCUUCCCGGCGGUGGGGAGCGUCCUGAACAAGGAUAUCCAGGGGGGGAUCCAUGGGAGGAUCGCGCUGACGGCCUUCGUGGUGGUGGCCCUGCUGGAGGCGGGGGUGAGCUCGGAGGCAGAAAAGGCCUCGGUGGCCCAGGCCCGCCGCUUCCUGGAGUCCGGCGUGCCAUCCUCGGGGGAUCCGUAUACCAUCGUCCUGGGCGCCUACGCCCUCACCCUGCUGCACAGCCCGGCAGCCGGGCCGGCCCUGCGGAAGAUGAACAGCGCGGCUCUCACGCAAGACAGCCUCACGCACUGGGGUCUGAGCCGCCCCGCGGCCGCCGACCUGGAUGCCUUCCUGGGCUUCGACGACGGGCCCCCCCAGUCAGCGGCGUCGGCCGAGGUGGAGAUGACGGCGUACGCGCUCCUCACCUUGACCCUCCUGGGCGACGUGGCCUCCGCCCUCCCCGUGGUCAAGUGGCUCUCCCAGCAGAGGAACGCCCUGGGGGGCUUCUCCUCCACCCAGGACACCUGCGUGGCCCUCCAGGCCCUGGCCGAGUACGCCAUCUUGUCCUACCUCGGCGGGGUCAACCUCACCGUCUCGGUGGCCUCCACCAACCUGGACUACCAGGAGACCUUCGAGCUCAACCGGGCCAACAAGAAGAUCCUCCAGAAGGCCGUGAUCCCCUCCAUUCCCACGGGGCUCUUCGUGAGCGCCAAAGGCGAGGGCUGCUGCCUCCUGCAGAUCGACGUCUCCUACAACGUGCCGGAGCCCCUGGCCAAGCCGGCCUUCCAGCUGCUGGUGGGCCUGAGGGAGCCGGUGGGGGCCCCCCGGUCCAGGCGGGCUGCCCGUGCCCGGAAACACGCCUCGCCGGGGGGGGCCGGCCGGGAGCGGGGCUCCCCCGCCGAGCGGGAGGACCGGGUGACCGUAGAGGCCUGCGUGAGGUGGCUGCGCCCCGGAUCGUCCAACAUGGCCGUGCUGGAGGUGCCCCUGCUCUCCGGCUUCCAGGCCGACGUGGGGAGCCUGGAGCAGCUCCUCCUGAACCCGCCGCCCGGCCUGAAGCGCUACGAGCUGAGCGGCCGCAAGGUCCUCUUCUACUUCGACGAGAUCCCCAGCCGCUGCCUGACCUGCGUGGCCUUCGGGGCGCUGCGCCGGCACCUGGUGGGCCAGACGGCCCCGCUGCCCGCCCGGGUCUACGACUACUACGAACCCAGCUUCGAGGCUGCCCGCUUCUACAACCUCAGCCGGGGCGGCGCCCUGGCCGGCGAGCUGUGCGGGGGGCCCCCCUGCAACGAGGUGGGGGGCGCCGGGGGCCCUCGGGACGGCUUCCUUCCCAUCAGCCCCUGCAACAGCGCCGACGACGGGCCCAUGUGCCCCAACCGCCGCAACGACACCCGGGUGCCCGCGGGACCAUGUGCCACAGGUGGGGGGCCCAGCGUCCCGCCGGAGGCGUCGGACUACGAUGAGUACGAGGGGGACCCCCUGGAGGCGGCCCCCGCCAGCGGCCCCCCAGCGGCG